AUGCCUGCAUUUGACGACGAUGACGAUAGAUCCCAGGACGAUUUCGACAAUGACAACGAUAAUGAUGAGACCAUGCAGGAUCUCGAUGAGGGGGAUGGCGACGGCGACGGCGACGGCGAUGGCGAUGCUGACAUAGAAGCCGAUGCUGAUGAGGGCGAGGGGGAAGAUGAAGGCGAAGCUGAAGGAGAUGGGGAAGGGGACGACGAUGAUGAGGCGGGAAGCCAGUCUGGGGGCAGUCAGAAGUCCGACAAUGAGGAAGUCUCCGGUGACCCCCCAGCCACACAAGAAGGCCAACAAUCUGCAGCCAUACAAGCCGACGAGGCUCGGGAGGCUGCAGCUCGUGCCAUUAUAGCACCCGAGUACCUCGAUGCGGCUACCUACGAUAUUGUUCCAACAAUCGCUGCUCCCCAGAGCACCUCCAUCAACACUGUUUGCGCCACAAGCGAUAUGCGCUGGGUGUUUACUGGUGGUUCCGAUGGCUAUAUUCGCAAGUUCAAUUGGGUGGAUUCUGUCAACUUCAAACUCGCUCUCACAGUGGCCCAGCGCCAUCCUUUCGUGGACAGCGUUGUCAAAGCUGGAGUUCUCAUGACUUACUGGGAAAAUUGGGAUGCUAGGCCGCAGACAACCCAGGUCUUGUCUCCCGUCUACUCUCUUGCCUGUCAGAGCCAAGCUCUCUGGUUGCUCUCUGGCACAGCGUCAGGCCCAAUCCGCAUGCAGUCGAUCCGACACGAUGAGGGCAGAGAGAUUGCUCUCCUGAAAAAGCACACCUCUGCAGUAUCUGUCUUAACAUUAUCCUCGGAUGAAAAGAGUUUACUCUCCGGUAGCUGGGACAAGAGUGUGUUGGAUUGGGAUUUAGAAACCGGUCAAGUAAGGACGACCUUCGCCGCAAGCGCUAGUCAGAUAUCCGCCAUCGAGUCGCGUCCACUCUCCUCAGUCCCCGUGCCGGCUGAGUCAGGAGAAGUGAUCGUAACCAAUGGAACGUUGUCUUCGACUGAUGUGAAAGCGAACGGAAUAAAGAACGAACAACUUCCGAGUCAGGAUGUUCGGGAAGAGCCGAAUGUUGCCACGCCAGAUUCGCUGUUCGGAGAUGGCGAUGAUGAUCUCUUUGGCGAUGGAGCUGCAGGCGUAAUCGGCAACGGAGGUGACCUGACAGAUGCUUUCGGCGAGCCAGACGACGAAAUGACUCGGGCGAUAGCCAAUGGAGCUCAGCCAGAAGAAGUGGUCGACCAUGAAAUGCCGGAUGCCAGUCAACCCUCCGGCGAGACCGUACCAGCCCCUCCAAUGAGCACACUAUCUCAGGAUGCUCCGAAUGCGACGACCAACGGGAUAAGUAAUACGGACGAACAGCCACUUGCAAAUGGCUUGCCUCAUGCAGACGAUUUGGAGAAACAGGCUGAUGAGCCAGAGCAAGCGCAGGAAUCCGAAGCACCUCCCACCUCAGACUCGACAUUCCUUGCGACAUCUAUAGACGGCGCGAUCCGGGUCUGGGAUCGGAGACAGUCUAAGCCAGUUGCCAGGAUUUUGCCGCGGAACACGCCACCGUGGUGUCUCAGUGCAUGUUGGUCAGUCGAUGGUAAUUGCAUCUAUGCAGGCCGACGUAACAACACGGUGGAAGAGUAUGACCUACGGAGAGGACUCAAAGCACCAGAACGAGUUUUCCGCUUCCCAAAUGGAAGUGGUGCGGUUACUUCGGUCAAGGCUAUGCCGAACGGCCGUCAUCUUAUAUGCGCUUCGUAUGAUAUCCUUCGAUUGUACGACCUGAAGGAAUCUCAAGCCCAGCGAUCAACAGUACCGUUUUUGAUCGUUCCUGGCCAUCGAACUGGCACAGUGUCUCAUCUAUAUCUCGACCCAGCGUGUCGAUUCUUGUUGUCGACAGGAGGUAAUCGAGGAUGGGAAGGUGCGUCGACGGAAGUCCUCUUGGGCUAUGAGAUCGCAGUACCUAGCCGCUGA